AUGUUUAUUGAACGAAUAAACCAUGUGACAGGUGAAAGAGAAUGGGUAGUAGCUGAUGAGGACUACGAUUUGGUACAAGAACUUGCCAGAAGUCGCUUCGGGGAUAUGAUUCUUGAUUUCGAUCGUAACGACAUGUUUCUUGAAGGUCUUAAAACCACGAUUGCUGAGUUGAAAGCCAAAAACAAGCACGUACAUGUCUUAGAUAUCGGAACUGGCACAGGGUUGUUGUCCCUUAUGGCUGCACGGGAAGGUGCUGAUCAAGUCACUGCACUCGAAGUCUUCGAUCCAAUGGCCAAAUGUGCUCGUAAAAUAACCAAAGCAUCGGAGUGGAAAGACAAAAUCACAGUAGUAUCAACACGUUCAACUGAUCUGUCUCACCUGGGAGAAAAGCCCAACAUCAUUGUAGCAGAGGUAUUCGAUACGGAGUUGAUAGGUGAAGGUGCUUUGAGAACCUUCAAAGAAGCUCUCACUAAUCUCGUGCAGCCAGGAUGUCGAGUUGUUCCUUCAUUAGGCCGAGUAUGGGUGAUGCUAGUUCAAAGCGACUUCUUGAAAUCGUUCAACAGAAUUCCCGUACUGCGAAAAACAGAAGGAAGCCCUUUGGGGAAUUGUCCUGGAACUAGCGCUGUGUUUGACGUGCAACUCUCUCGAGUAACAUCAGAUCAAUUUGAAGCUCUUUCAUCUCCUAUCUUGGCUUUCAACUUUGAUUUUGAAGACGCUGACAGCAUCAUUUAUAACGAAGAGUUUACGAGGAACUUUGUCUGUUCUAAAUCUGGCAAUGCUGAUGCCAUUCUCAUGUGGUGGGAUUUGGAUAUGGACCGAACAGGUAAAAACUUCAUUGACAUGGCACCCACAUGGAAGAACCCUAACUUUGCCUGGAGAGACCAUUGGAUGCAAGCUGUGUAUUAUCUCCCUGACACUGUUAAAGUCGAAGAAGGAAAAACGUAUGAUCUGGGAUGCUCCCACGAUGAAUUCAGCAUGUGGUUUGCUCUACAAUCGAAAGGAUAUCCCCGUCCAUAUUGUGAUUGUUCUAUCCAUUCUUUACUCUCUCGUCAAACUGUUCACAGAUUGAAUGACACUUUAGGAGAUGAAAAGCUCAAUGAGCAAAUCCAAAAGAUGUGUUCUGGGAAGAAUGUUUGUGUGCUUGGUGAAGGAUCCAUGAUAGGGCUCUUGGCCUCGAACGUGGCUGAACAUGUUACGAUUGUUGACUCUAACAGUCAUUUCAGAGGAAUCAUUCAGAAAUAUGUUUCUUUCUACAAGCUGUCGAAUGUGACGAUACUAAGCAACACUUCAGAAUUAACUGAGAAGCCUGAUCUCGUGAUGUCUGAGCCCUUCUAUAUUUCGGCAAUGAAUCCUUGGCAAAAUCUCCGAUAUUGGUAUGAGCUGGAUACGAUAAGAGAGAAGUUCGGAGAUAACAUUGAGUUUGAGCCGAAGAAGGGAACACUCUAUGGGGUAUGUGAGAAGUUCACUGAUCUGCAUACAAUCGCAUCACCUGUCGGAACUGUGAAUGGCUUCGAUCUGUCAUACUUCGAUGAAAUUUCUCAGAAGGCAAGACAGGCCACUGACGCUGUUGUCGACGAACAGCCUCUUUGGGAGUACGGAGGUGAACUACUUUCGAAAAAGGUUGAGUUGAUGUCAUUUGACCUGAAAGAAAAGCCGCAACCUCGAACAGAGCAGAUGACAAUUGAUAUAGCCCCUGGGACAAAUGGAUUUCCGUUAUGGAUAGAUUGGCUGUUUGGAGAAUUAGUAAUCACUACUGGGUUGAAGGAAUCAACCAUCAAUAAAGAACCGAAUUGGUCAGUGAAAGAGAAGCAGGGAGUAUUCCUACUCCCUCCUAACCUCAUAGAGAAGAAUGUGCUGAACGCUCAUAUCGCUUUUGAUAAAGGCGACCUUGUUUUCAAUUUUUGUUGA